AUGUACUCGAAAAAGACAGCGCAUCGCGGCCUGGCUGGGUCGUCCCAGCCGUCGGUCCGGUCAUUCACAACACCGACAAGCUCGCGCUGGGCCGCCAUCAACACACAAAAUGCUCUGAACCCACCCAGUGCAUACAAUCCACCGAGCACGCUGCAGAGGCGAAGUACUGGUAGCGGCGUUGGCAGCGGCCGCGCAUCCGGCACCAUCAGCCGUCCUAGUGGUACUGACCAGCGCCCGCCCUUCCCUAUCGGCCCGGAUGAGAAUCGUGGCGUUGUGUGCGCUGUCUGCGAUUCCAAUAAUGUCAACCGCACUGUCGGGCUCGCGUUUGUCAACGUUCCCAUUGCCGAGGCAGUGCUCACGAACGUGGCCGAUACACAGUACUACCAAGGAACUAUCCACAAAAUCCAAAUGAUGGAAGUCUCUCGCAUUCUGAUGCAGCCGACGCCUGCAUCCUCCGUCCAGUCGGGACUGGCUUUGCGACCACACAUUGAAGAAGAGCUGCGUGGCCUGCCUAUUGUCGAGAGGGCCAAGCCUGACUGGUCUGCUGAUGACGGGAUGCUCGCUCUCCAGCGGGUGGCCUUUACUGAAGAUCUUCCUUCUCUCGAAGUUGCUGUCAAGGAUAACUUCCACUUGCUUUGCGCCUUUUCAGCGGCGAUGAAAUUUCUCACGGACGACAUGGGAAUCGACUUUGAUGACCACUCUGUGCGCAUCAAAUACCAGCCUCCUAGUGAUGCCAUGAUGAUAAGUCUGCCAACGAUUCGGUCCCUGGAGCUCAUCCAGAAUUCCAUCAAUAGCAGCUCAAAAGAUUGCCUGUAUGGUCUCCUGAACCGUACGACGACGCCAAUGGGGUCGCGAGUCCUACGAAGUAACAUUGUGCAGCCAUCAACACUGGCAGUCGUUCUAAACCCGCGUUACGAGGCUGUGGGAGAGCUGGUGCACAAGGAUGGUCUGCUUGACAAAGUGGUAGAAGUACUUCAAAAGUUGAAGCCUCUGGGUGAUGUGGAACGGCUCUUGACAAAGCUUGUUAUCCUGCCAAAAGACGGCUCCAUAUACGAGUCUGAGCAGGCGAUCAACAACAUCCUCAAGCUCAAGGCGUUCUUGACGGCCAUACCCGAUGUCUUCCAGUCUCUCUCCGACGUCUCAUGCGAUCUACUGCUGGAAAUACGCAGCAAUUGUCUUCCAGCUCGAGCAGACAGGAUCUUGGGGAUUCUUGCGGACACAAUCGACCGGGACGCCGCAUAUGCUACCAAGCCACUGGAGUUACGAAACCAAAGGGUUCAUACAGUCAAGCCUGAGAUCUCGGCCAGUCUUGACAUUCAAAGAAAACUCUACGAAGACUUUAGCAGAAAGAUUCACGACUACGUGAAUGAGCUGGAGGACGAGAUUCGUGUCAAAGUUGCGCUCAAAUACACAGCUACAAGAAAAUUCUACCUUAAAGUCAACGCAAAGGACUUUGGUCCGCAAGGCCCACCGUCUGUGUUGGUGAAUACCACAACGGUCAAGGGCGCUAUCGAGUGUCAGACACUGAAGCUCAUGGGUUACAAUGAGCGCAUAAACGAGGCUGUUCACAGAGCCAUAGUCGAGAGUGACGAGGUGAUCAAAAGCCUGCUCUCCCAGAUCCGACCGCGAGUCUCAAGGCUCUUCAAAUACUGUGAAUGCAUUGCACUUCUCGACCUCCUGGCUUCCUUCGCGACCUCCACUAGGACGUACGCAUACAAGCGGCCAUUGAUUCACACCGACUCAUACGCUCUUGUUGGUGGUCGGCAUCCGAUUCUGGACUCGCGCGGCCACAAUAAAUGCAUCCCAAACGACUAUUUUGUCACCGAAGAGACUCGCUUUCAGAUCAUUACGGGCCAAAACAUGAGCGGCAAGAGCACAUAUAUACGGGCCAUCGCAAUGCUGCAAAUCAUGGCUCAAAUUGGCUGCUACAUUCCCGCCGAAUCUGCUUGUAUUCCAAUCAUGCACAGCCUUUUUGCUCGUGUAUCAACAGACGAUACCAUGGAACAGAACCAGUCGACUUUCUCGAUCGAGAUGCGAGAAAUGGCAUUCAUUCUCAGAAAUGUCAACAACAAGAGUUUGGUGAUUGUCGACGAGCUGGGACGCUCCACCAGUACGCAAGAUGGGCUGGCCAUUGCAGCAGCCAUGUCCGAAGCACUUCUUCAGAGCAAUGCAACGGUGUACUUUGCUACGCAUUUUUCCGAGCUGGCCAAGGCGCUGGCGAUCAACAUUGGGGUCGUGAACCGCCACUUGAGAACAGUGACCGAAUACUCAGAGUCGGCUACCCAUGUUCCCGUUACGAACAUGCUAUACCGCGUGGCCGAGGGACCUGAGCCGGAGGUGAGCUACGGCAUCGCCUUGGCUAAAGCAGUGGGGUUCCCAGCGACGUUUAUUGCCCAUGCCGAGAAAGUAGCCGCCGAGCUACGUGCGGAGGCACAGGCUAGCAAGCGUGACCGGCAAGAGAUGGAAGAGGCCAAGCGGCGCAAGCUCGUGGCGAAUCUCGUCCGACAACUAAAGCUUGCAUACGUGAGCGACGCCGGGGAUGAAGAGCUCAUGGAGUAUCUGACGCAGAUCUACGACGACUUCUGUGCUAAGAUGAUUGGCUCGAUCGAUGACGAGGAUGCAAUCGUCGAAGAGGACAGUAACGAGAAUGAAUCCGACGACGAAGGAGACGGACAGCAUGAUGGGGCAGAGGAAAACAUGGCAAGAGUGGCCCGCAAAGGACAAUACGCAGUCAGGAGACCCAGCGAUUUGGGCUUGUUUGGCGGCGGCACUGACGACGAUGUUGACGACUACGAUGACUUAUACCAACCGGGAAGCGCUGCCAAUGCCAUUGUGAUUGACGAUGACGAGGAAUUUGAUGAAGACCACAUGAGCGAUAUGGAGGACAUGGGGAACGAUUAUAGCGAAGAAAUGUACUAA